CCUCGGGGGGAUGGGCCAACACUGUUUCCGCCAUUGCAAGUGACAGCAGAGACUGGGGAUUGGCAGGACUGACUUUUAACACUCCGAGCCUGGGGGAGUUUGAAGAGGUGGGGGGUAAGGCGCUGUGCACCCUCAGUGUCAAGGUUAGACACAUCAGGAGUGUAACGGAAGUGAAGGGGAUCAGUGGCGUUACUGUCGCUUUUGGACUCGCUGUGUGUGAGGUUGGGGGUGGUCUUCUCUGUGGGGAUGUUUGUGAUGGGGCCGAGGUAUUCAAGAAGUGAAAGGAAGGGGGAGGAGGCCAACAUUGUGUCAGUCAUGCCCCAGAAACCUGCCAUCCCACCCAGAACUCAGGUUUCCAAGGUACUGGUGCUGGGGUCUGGAGGUCUGUCCAAUGGUCAGGCUGGGGAGUUUGACUACUCUGGAUCACAGGCUGUCAUAGUGAUGAAGGAGAAGAAUGUGAGGAAGGUCCUGAUGAAUCCUAACAUAUUGUCGGUCCAGACCAAUGAGGUGGUAGAUGCCCUGAAGGCAGCGUCACACUGCAUUCUGCCUAAGCCUUGACUGGACCUGGCUCAGCACUGUGUACCAACAAGGACAAGCUGGAGGAGACCACUAGGAAGGUGGAUAAAAUACUAUGCAUGACAGUGUCCAAGACAUGCCAUUCAGGCCUCUUAGACAUUUAUCUUUUUGACAAGCAGGCUAGGCCGGGUCAUAUAAAUGGCAAACCGUCUACUUAAUCUAGUCAGUAUCGGUGUGAGGAAGUGGAUCUAUGCCCACUCGUCACGAACGCACACACUGUCUAAUCUGCCAUUCUAUUAAAAUAGCACAUUGUAUUUCCGUUAUGCAUUUUGACACAUUUCUUUCUACAAACAUUAUACUGCACAUUACUAUAUCAUUAUUUAGUUCCUUUGUUAGCAGUAAGCUACAGUUUAUAGUUCAUGCCCAGUUCGGUAGGAAAAUGUUUGUAUCACAGAAGGACGGCUCAUAAUAAUGGACAGAAUGGAACAAAUGGAAUGGCAUCAAACAUGGAAACCAUGUGUUUGAGGUAUUUGAUACCAUUCCACCUAUUCUGCACAAGCCUUUACUACGAGCCCAUCCUGCCCAUGAAGGUGCACCAACCUCCUGUGGUUUGUAUGGAUAGGCAUUUUCAUAUAAUCUGUUCCAGACAUAAAUGCGGUUAUUUACCUGUCUCUAGCCUACCAGAGUAAAACGUUGUUUCGGUGCACAGAAUCAUUGUGUCACGCCCUGGCUCUGGGGACUCUUGUAUGUUGAGCCAGGGUGUUAGUUUCUUGGUGUAGUGUCUAU